UGAGAAGAAAAAAGCACAUUUGCGCUGUAGAGAGUGGAGAGUAGUGGUGAAGCUAUGAGAGUCUGUGAGGGUCAUCUCUACCUCAGACCAUGUGGAGUGUAUCUGUGAGGGUCAUCCCUACCUCAGACCAUGUGGGCCCGUCCGUGUUCCAGGGGAUACAGGGGAUGUGUGUGUCCGUGCGACAAGCAGCGUGUGUGAGGAUACAGAGGGGGAUGUGUGUGUGUCCGGCGGGGACAGUGGCAGGGCUCGGUGUGGAGGGGGUAACCCCUGCCAGAGGGGGUCCUGCGGGGAGGGGUGGAGGUAGAGGGCUGAGGCGGUUUGAGGAGAUCCCCCACACGGGCAGCAGUGGCUGGCUCAACCUGGUGAAGUUCUGGAGGGAAGACAGAUUUAAACUAUUACACAAACACAUGGAGAGGACCUUCAACACCCUCGGCCCCAUUUACAGGGAGCGUCUGGGCACCCAGAGCACUGUGAAUAUCCUGCUGCCGUCUGACAUCAGUGAGCUGUUCCGCUCUGAGGGCCUUCACCCCCGACGCAUGACCCUGCAGCCAUGGGCCACACACAGAGAGACACGGCAGCACAGCAAGGGAGUCUUCCUCAAGAAUGGGGCAGAGUGGCGUGCCGACCGUCUCCUGCUCAACAGGGAGGUGAUGAUGGCUCCUGCCGUACGUCGCUUCCUGCCCCUCCUAGACGAAGUAGCAAGGGAUUUCUGCCGUCUGCUAGCGACCCGUGUGGAGAAAGAGGGAGGAAAGGAGGAGAGGGGGCACAGUCUGACUAUUGACCCCAGCCCUGACCUCUUCCGCUUCGCCCUGGAAGCCAGUUGUCAUGUCCUGUAUGGAGAGCGUAUCGGUCUCUUCUCCACCUCUCCCUCCCAGGAGUCUCAGAAGUUUAUUUUUGCAGUUGAGAGAAUGUUGGCCACCACCCCUCCUCUCCUCUACCUGCCCCCCCGUCUGCUGUGGCGCCUGGGCGCCCCCCUCUGGACACAACACGCCACUGCAUGGGACAUCAUCUUCAGCCACGCUGAGAAAAGGAUCCAGAGAGGAGUCCAGCGUCUGCGCUCCACCCAGGCUGCGGGAGGUGGUAGUGGGGGUGCAGAGGGAGAGUUCACAGGGAUCCUGGGUCAGUUGAUGGAUAAAGGACAGUUGUCUCUGGAGCUCAUUAGAGCCAACAUCACUGAACUCAUGGCCGGGGGAGUGGACACGACGGCGGUGCCCCUGCAGUUUGCCCUGUACGAGUUGGGUCGUAACCCGGGAGUGCAGGAACAGGUCAGAGGUCAGGUGAAGGCAGCGUGGGCAAGAGCCGGCGGUGACGCCCACAAGGCCCUGCAGGGGGCUCCACUACUGAAGGGGCUCGUCAAGGAGACCCUCAGGUUAUAUCCAGUGGGAAUUACUGUCCAGAGAUAUCCAGUCAGAGACAUCAUCAUCCAGAACUACCACAUACCUGCUGGGACAUGUGUCCAGGCGUGUCUGUAUCCUCUGGGGAGAAGUCGAGAUGUGUUUCAGGAUCCGGAGCGGUUUGACCCUGGUCGCUGGGGGACUCAGGAGUCUGGAGAGGGGGCUGGAGGGGGUGGAGGGUUCCGCUCCCUGGCGUUUGGAUUCGGGGCCAGGCAGUGUGUUGGCAGGAGGAUCGCUGAGAACGAAAUGCAGCUGCUACUGAUGCACAUCCUGUUGAGUUUCCGCCUCAGUGUGUCGUCUUCAGAGGAGCUCAGCACUAAAUACACCCUAAUCCUCCAGCCUGAAACCCCACCACGCAUCACCUUCAGCACACUCUGACACACACCCACACUCACCCCCCACAACACACACACACACACACACAUACAACAACUGUUUAACCAACCACACAAAUCAAUCAUUUUAUCAAUCCAUUAUACCAGGUAAUCUCAAUGAACUCACCAACAGCCUUACCAUAUAGUCCACAUGGAAACAUCAAAUAAUAAAUAAUAAAGUCCUAUUUCAGGUCAAUGAAAA